AUGCGAAAUGCUGCCAGGGCUUGUUCUGGUCUCAUGUCUGAAUAUUUCGUGGAUGAGAUGUCAGAACUCCUUGAUGAAGAAAAGAAAAUGAGCCAUAAAUCUCUUUCCGGCAAAAUCGAGGCUAAAAUCGAUGAUGCUAAGUUUUUUAAUAAGUUGGCGAAAUUGCCAACCGGUUUCGAUGCUCAGCAAAUCGAUUGGGCUUAUGGACCCGUUGUUCAGAGUGGUGGAAACUACGAUCUCAGAUUUUCCGCAACUCCCGAUGAUAAAAAUCUCUCUCCUGGUAUCAUCAUUGCAGGAUUUGGGAUUCGUUACAAAACAUACGCUGCAGCUAUUGCACGAACAUUUUUGGUGGAUCCUAGCAAGUCGCAAGAGGCUAACUAUGGCUUCCUUCUUGCUAUCUAUGAUGCAGUUGUGAAAGAUAUUCGGGAUGGAACCGUUGUUAAAGAUUUGUACAACAAAGCCUUAGGGAUGAUCAAAGCAAAGAAACCAGAGCUGGAGAAGCACUUUGUGCGCAACAUUGGUGCUGGAAUUGGCAUUGAGCUCCGUGAUGCCAACAUGCUCCUUAAUGGAAAGAAUACCAAGACUCUCAGAAGUGGCAUGACGCUUUGUGUGUCCAUUGGAUUCACUGAUGUCACCGACCCAGACCCCCAAGACAAGAAAAAUGCAAUAUAUUCGAUGGUGGUCACUGAUACAAUUCGCGUCGGUGAGAGUGGGCCACUCGUUUUUACCAAGGAUGCAGGAAUCGACAUGGACUCCGUCUCAUUCUACUUUGGUGAUGAGGAGGAAACUCAAAAGCCAAAAAAGAGCCAGGGCGAGAGCAACAGAAACAGCACUAUUGUCAGCAAGAACAUUAUUCAGACGAAACUUCGAGCUGAACGCCCAACACAGGUCAGUGAUGGCGCUGAUGUACGUCGACGUGAGCACCAAAAGGAGCUACAUGCAAAGAAGAAUAAGGAAGGUCUGGAGCGCUUCGCCGGUACCAAAGGAAACCAAAACGGCGUUGCACAGAAGACCUUCCAACGCUUCGAAUCGUAUAAACGAGAUAGUCAACUACCUUCUCGCGUCAAGGACUUGAUCAUUUAUGUUGACCAUAAAGCUGCAUCAGUUAUUGUUCCUAUCCUGGGACGCCCAGUUCCAUUCCAUAUUAACACUAUCAAGAACGCAAGCAAGAGUGACGAAGGAGAAUAUGCCUAUCUCCGUAUCAACUUCUUGUCCCCUGGUCAGGGUGUUGGAAGGAAAGAUGAUCAGCCAUUCGAGGAUGCAUCUGCACAUUUCGUGCGAAAUCUUACCCUUAGGUCCAAAGACCAUGAUCGUUUUGCUCAGAUUGCAAAGGAUAUAACUGAGCUUAGGAAAAAUGCUCUGAGACGAGAGCAGGUGAAGAAACAGAUGGAGGAUGUUGUGGAGCAGGACAAGCUCAUUGAAAUAAGAAAUCGCCGACCUAUUAAGCUACCAGACGUCUACCUCCGUCCACAAUUAGAUGGUAAGCGUGUGCCUGGAGAAGUUGAAAUUCAUCAAAACGGCCUACGUUACCUGUCCCCUCUUAGAAGCGACAAUGUUGACGUUCUGUUCAACAACGUCAAACAUUUGUUUUUCCAACCGUGCCAACACGAAUUGACUGUUAUUAUUCAUGUUCAUCUCAAGACACCAAUUAUGAUUGGAAAGCGCACUACCAGGGAUGUUCAAUUCUACCGUGAGGCUACAGACAUGCAAUUCGACGAAACUGGCAACAGACGACGAAAACACCGAUAUGGAGAUGAAGAAGAAUUUGAGGCUGAACAAGAGGAGAGAAGGCGCAGAGCUGCUUUGGAUAAAGAGUUCAAGGCCUUUGCAGAGAAGAUCUCUGACGCCGGAAAGGACGAAGGCGUUGAUGUUGAUAUCCCAUUCAGAGAAAUCGGUUUCACCGGUGUUCCUCACACUUACCGUUCCAAUGUUUUGAUCCAACCAACUACUGACGCAAUUGCUCAGCUAACUGAGCCUCCUUUCCUUGCCCUGACAUUGAGCGAAAUUGAAGUUGCGCACUUGGAGAGGGUACAGUUCGGCCUUAAAAACUUUGAUCUCGUCUUUGUCUUCAAAGACUUCCAUCGUCCACCAAUGCACAUCAACACCAUUCCAAUGGAGAAUCUUGAAGGAGUCAAGGAUUGGCUCGACUCUGUUGAUAUUCCUUUCAGCGAAGGUCCUCUCAACCUCAGCUGGGGUGCCAUCAUGAAGACUGUUACCAGCGAUCCAUAUGGCUUCUUCCAGGAUGGCGGCUGGUCGUUCCUGGGCGGUGACUCUGACUCCGAAGGAGAGGAUGAAGAAGAGGAGUCUGCAUUCGAGGUAUCUGACUCUGAAAUUGCAGCAGAUGAAAGCUCGGAGGAGGAGAGUGGCUAUGAUGAUGACGACGCUAGUGAUGAGAGCGAAGCUGCCAGUGAGGACGAGAGUGAUGAAGGUGCUGACUGGGAUGAAUUGGAAAAGGAGGCUAUUAGGAAAGACAAGGAGGCUGCUAGAGGAGGGCAUGAUGAUGGGGACAAGCCAAGGAAGAGAAAGCGUUAA